AUGAUCCAAAGAGACUUGUAUACGCCUGAGCAACCACAACUGCAGCAACAGCAACAAGCACAGAGAAUUACCACAACUAAUUCUACGGCUGAUAAACCAAAGGGACUUCUAGGCAAUGAAUUAAUUACUGUAGCACCACCAUUAUCACCACCAUUGUCGCCCUAUCAACGCAGUGUACCUUUAAAUACCGCUGGACCUGCACCAGCCCCUCCUUCGGUGCUCUUAUCAAAUACAAAAUCAUAUUUACCUACUAAAAAUGAAUUCAAAUUGGAAAAUUUUAAGGAUUAUAAAUUAACAAUUGCCAUACCAAAAUAUACCAACAGUCAUUAUAAGUCGGAUCAAUUGUCAUUUAUUGACAAAUACUCUCUGAUAAUUAACGAAGAGCGCAACAAGAUCAGCCUCCCAUUGAGGAGAUACAAUAGGAAAAGAUUCAAUUAUGAAUCGGAUAAUGACAACUCAGUUAUUUCCGGUGGUGGUGACGAUGCAUCAUCAUCAUCGAGAGUUCGUACCAGACGUAUUAUUAAAACCAAAGAAUACGAUUUAAAUACCGAUGAUGAACUCUCAACUCCAUCUCCAUCUUUCUCACCUAAAAAGAAGAGAAGACCAAAUACAUCUGCAUCACCUUCAAUUGCAUUACAACAACAAAUGCUAAUUGAUGAAUCUAUACCUGAUUAUUCGCCAGAUCCAAAUGAAACAUUACCACCUAAUAAUACUAAAUGUUUGAAAAUUGAAUGGAAGGGACAACCAAUGGAUUUAUCACAAGAUCCUAAUUUAUCGAAAUUACAUCCCGCAGAAGUUGUAUUGGCAAGCAUUUUGAGGUUACCAGUUGCAGUAUAUUUGGAUUCAAAGAGACGAUUAUUUUUUGAAAAGGUUGCUAGAUUAAGGAUUGGAAAACAAUUCAGAAGAACUGAUGCACAAAAAGCUUGUAGAAUUGAUGUGAAUAAAGCUUCAAGAUUGUUUGCUGCAUUUGAAAAAGUAGGAUGGUUGAAGGAUGAUUUAUUUGAAAAGCAUUUAUAA